GUUUUUAUAGUUUGAAGUUCUUCUACACACGCCGAGCACUACAAUGCAUGUAUUUACUUCAGAGUCGAGGAUGCCGCUGUCUUUUUCAUUCCCAGCCUUUCUGUUUUUGGCACCCUUGUUGAUAAAGGGUCUCUGUGUCAGUGGCUCUCCGGGCUGCGCGUCCUGUGGCUUGCCGGCGAUGGAGAAAGACGCGGAGCAAAGGCUGAUGAUAGAAUUUGCCAAACAGCAACUUUUGGACAAGCUGCACCUGAAAGAGAGACCAAACAUCACUCAUACGGUGCCCCGGGUGGCGCUCCUCACUGCCCUGCGCAAACUGCACUCGGGGCGCGUCAGACAGGAUGGUACACUUGAACUAGAAAACAAUAUACCUACCAAAGAUCAAGGCUAUGAAAUAGUCAGCUUUGCAGAUAUAAAUGAGACAGAAACUGGUGAUAAGGCCAGCCUCAGUCUUACCUUCCAGUUUCUGCAGGAACAUGGCCAAAGUAUCCAGGUCCUCCAGUCUUCUCUGUGGAUCUACGCCCGCUCCUCUGAAGAUCCUCACCGAGACUCCCGCCUCUCUGCCCGGGUUUUCCUCUCCGCAGAUGGUGGGCAGUCAGGCUCUAACCGCACCCUGGUGAUAGAAAAGAUGCUGGAGGUCCAGGAGAGUAACUGGCACACCUUCCCCAUCACCCGCACCCUGCAAGCCUUCCUGGAUGGCGGACAGCACAGACUGCGGCUGGAGGUCAGCUGUGAUGAGGAUGGGAAGAACCUUUGCUCUCUGGAUGGCUCUGCUGACACCCCCAACCAGCCCUUCAUGGUGGCCCAGGUGCGUCUCAGAGAAAACCCCUCCAAGCAUUUACUCAGGAAGCGCUCGCUUCGCUGUGGUGAAGAUGUUACUGUGUGCUGCAAGAGAGACUUCUACAUCAAGUUUAAGGAUAUCCAGUGGCACGACUGGAUCAUUGCACCCGAAGGUUACCAUAUGAACUACUGCAUGGGUCAGUGCCCCCAACAUCUGUCCGGCUCCCCAGGCAUAGCAUCAUCAUUCCACGCCACUGUCUUCAGCCAGCUGAAAGUCAAUGGCAUUAACACGGCUGCAUCUUCAUGUUGUGUUCCCACUGAACGGCGGCCACUCUCCAUGGUGUACUUCAACUCUCAGCACAGCAUCGUCAAAACGGACGUCCCUGAUAUGAUAGUGGAGUCCUGUGGAUGUACAUAAUGGGCUGCGUAUAAAAGACAUGGCAUAGUUAAUAGUAGAUUUGUUUUUAACACAGGAAACUGAAAAGAAUUACGUGUGUAUUUGUUGACGGACAGAUACAAACGAGAGAAGAUGGAAAUUGAAGUUAGGUAAAUAGCAGGCACAAAGAAAAAUAAUAUUAGUAUAUGCUAUUAUUAUGGCACUCUGGCAUAUUCUAUCAAGCAUUUAUACAAAAUUGAAGAUUUAAAUCACUUUUAUUUCUUUUGUUAUAUAUUAAGAAACCAUACUGUUUGUCAUUCAUUAUGAUUUUGUAAGAGUCUUAUAAGAUGCAGUAUGUAAAGAGUGCCUAGAACCAGCCGAGUUAAUCUAAAUAAGAUUAUACACUGAGUCUGAAUUCAGACAAAUUUUCUUCAUCCAUAUGUCAAAGGCAUACACUAAAGAGAGGGUAGAAACUAACCCUGAAUUUAUGGCAUACUCAACACAGAUAAGAAAGGUGUGUUAUUAAUGUCAGACAUUUAUAGUGGUGACAAGCAGAUCAGGCCAGGGCUGAUUUAUGGAGGUCACAAGAAACACAGAGAGAUUAAUAUACAGCCUUUGUUGUAGUGUAAGCUUUAAAGAAUGCAAUCUUUUUCGUCAUAUGUAGGUUAUUUAUUCAAAAUUGCUGCUGGGAUUCAGUUCAAACUAAAAUGGCAAUGUAUAUAGUCAUUUCCUUGGCUUCUGCCUUUCCUUAGCCUAAUUGAAUGCUGCCAUUUUAAAGCAAGGCUUUUUAAACAAUGAAAGAGAUCCUUGAUUUAAAGUGUGCCUUCUCCAUUAACUCGCAAUGACUAAGUGCAACAUUGACAUUGAGUAUCGAGUCAUAUUGGUCUGAAUACUAAAGUAUAUCACUUCUAUAUUUUUUUUAUUUCUUUUUACAUUACUGACCAAUGGAAUCAUUUAUGUAGACUUUUGACCCAAUUAUUUGUAUUCUGAUAUUAUGACUUUUUCUUUCUUUCUGCAUCCAAAAUAUUUUCAUUUGAUUGUGAACUUGUGGCAAGAAGCAGUGCAAGAAAACACUGAACUGAAAUGGUUUGAACAGGUACAAGCUGCCCUGAGUUCUGUCUGUACAGCCAAUGCCUCAUGCAUAUUGAAAUAUGUUUGGUCAGCAUCUCCACUGUAUUAUUUACACAAGUCGACUAAUCAGUUGGGUAACUAUGGCUCUGACAGUGUAUGAACCCAAGGUCAUAUCUCAGCAGCGUGAGCAAACAUUUAGCUAUUGCUUCAGUGUCAGGUAAUGUGAAGGUCUGUGAGGCAGGUGGGUCAAUGAGCAUGUACUGUUGCACGUUGGCAUUUAUGUCUCUCAAAGUCUAAAGUUUUCUUUGGGUGAUGUGAAAUUAGAAGCUUUCCAGCUCGGACAAUCUCCUAAUCAUUUUGGGGGAUUUGAAAACAUCUUCCUCAUAUCCCAUUCAAACUUAGUUUUGAGUAUGCACAGUACUAUGUCCAUACCAUACUAAAAUAACUUGAUUUGAAGUGUGUGGGUGUUGGUGGGCAUUACUGUCCCACAAUGCAAACAGUGGUGCAACAGCUCACAAAACAAAUAAGCAUAACAAAAUCAGAAAAACUGUUCAAGCCACUGUAUAUGAGUUUGAAAAAAGAAAAAGAAA